AUGAAGUUCCUCGUCCCUCUUGCGCUGAGCGCAACCGCCUCAACCGCUCUGGCGGCGGUCAUCCCCCAACAGGCGCCCCUCGGCCCCUCAAUCGUCCAGAACUCGCAGCAGACCAAAUGGCUAAUUGAGCUGGCCCCAUACCAGACACGAUGGGUGACUGAGGAGGAGAAGUGGGCGCUGAAAUUGGACGGGGUCAACUUCAUCGAUGUCACCGAUGAGUUCCAAUCCGGCUCCUACGGUGCCCUGCACACCCAGCGCAUUGUCCGGUACCCGGGCCAGAUGAAGCACGAGCAGGAGGUCAGCCCGCUCGCCGCCGAGCUGUCCAAGGCCAACAUGAAGAAGAACCUGGAGCACUUCACCUCCUUCCACACGCGCUAUUACAAGUCCGACUAUGGCAUUCAAUCCGCCGAGUGGCUGUACUCGCAGGUCAGCCACGUCGUGCACGAGUCGGGCGCGGUUGAGUACGGCGCCUCCGUGGAGCGCUUCGACCACCCUUGGGGCCAGUUCACCAUUAUCGCCCGCAUCCCGGGCAAGACUAACAACACGGUCGUGUUGGGCGCACACCAGGAUAGCAUCAACUUGUUUCUCCCGUCCAUUCUGGCGGCGCCGGGUGCGGACGAUGACGGCAGUGGAACGGUGACCAUCCUCGAGACACUUCGGGCCCUGCUGCGGUCCGAGACGAUUGUGCAGGGCCAGGCGCAGAACACCAUCGAGUUCCACUGGUACUCGGCGGAGGAGGGUGGCUUGCUGGGCUCCCAAGCGGUCUACUCCAAGUACAAGAAGGACCAGCGCGAGGUCAAGGCCAUGCUGCAGCAGGAUAUGACUGGUUACGUGCAGGGCACGCUGGACGCGGGCGAGAAGGAGUCUGUGGGCGUGAUUGUCGACUACGUUGAUCAGGGUCUUACCGCGUUCAUCAAGCAGGUCAUUACUACCUACUGUGACAUCCCCUACGUUGAGACCAAGUGCGGCUAUGCCUGUUCCGACCACGCCUCUGCCAGCCGCUUCGGCUACCCAUCCGCCUUCGUGAUUGAGUCUCAGUUCGAGAAGUCGGACAAGAAAAUCCACAGCACGGACGACCUGAUCAAGUACCUCAGCUUCGAUCACAUGCUGCAGCACGCGAAGAUGAGCCUGGCCUUCGCCUACGAGCUGGCCUUCGCUCCCUUCUAA